CAGAAGUGCCGUCGCCACUAUGUUCCAUUUGUCCCGCUUCCUCGAUCUUCGCUGGUCCCAAUAAUGGCGAGUAUUCUAUGAAGUGCGACGGCUUUGGAUUCCGGAAUUCUUGACGUCAGAAGCCCUUGACCUCUCUCCCCAAAAGAACCACCGAAUUCCUCCGGAGAUGAUUCCGAGGGCACUCGGCUUGAAGACGCCGAUCCCUUUCCCCGCUAUUUACGCGCGCACGUCUCUCCCCCUUCUUCGCCGACGAACAGCAUCGUUACGGUUUUCUUCUUCUUCUUCUUCAAACGAUGAUAAGAUUUUGUUGGGAAGUUGCGUUUCGGCAAAGGCGGCCGAUUCCUUCGAACCCGAUCGAAGCGCUAAAGAUGCAUUCCGUCCUUCACAGGAGGUUCGGCAGGAUGAAAUCAGCAUCUUGAAGAUUCUAAAGGGAGCGAACUCCAUUAUCCCUCACGUAGUGCUUGCGAGUACAGUGUUGGCGCUUGUAUAUCCACCGUCUUUCACAUGGUUUACAACCAGGUACUAUGCACCAGCACUUGGGUUCUUAAUGUUUGCCGUUGGUGUAAAUUCAAGUCUCAAUGAUUUUGUAGAAGCAUUCAAGAAACCUGAUGCAAUUGCUGCUGGAUAUGUUGGGCAGUUCAUUAUCAAGCCUCUGCUUGGAUACUUAUUUGGCAGCAUUUCAGUUUCUCUCUUCAAACUCCCUAAUUCUUUAGGUGCUGGGAUCAUGUUAGUAUCAUGUGUUAGUGGAGCACAACUUUCAAAUUAUGCAACCUUUUUGACAGAUCCACCAAUGGCCCCAUUAAGCAUUGUCAUGACAUCAUUAUCAACUGCCACAGCAGUUUUUGUUACACCAACCUUAUCUUUAUUGCUCAUUGGCCAGAAGUUGCCUGUGGAUGUGAAAGGAAUGAUGUCAAGUAUCGUGCAGAUUGUAGUUGCACCAAUUGCUGCAGGUCUUUUUCUAAACAGGUUUCUCCCAAGGAUCUGUGCUGCAAUUCAGCCUUUUCUGCCCCCAUUAUCAGUGUUUGUGACAGCUCUCUGUGUCGGUUCUCCUUUGGCAAUAAAUAUGAAGGCAAUCAUUUCCCCUUUUGGAGUCGCGAUAGUGCUUCUUUUGUUUGCAUUCCACGCUUCGGCAUUUAUAUCUGGUUAUGGGUUUGCUGGUAUCUUAUUCCGUAGAUCAACAGAUGUCAAAGCACUACAAAGAACCAUAUCUUUCGAGACAGGGAUGCAAAGCAGUCUUCUAGCCCUUACACUUGCAAAUAAAUUCUUCAAAGACCCUCUUGUUGGUGUGCCUCCAGCCAUCUCGGUCGUCUUGAUGUCUCUGAUGGGUUUCGCUCUGGUGAUGAUAUGGUCCAAGGGGAAGCAACAAGUGCAACCAGUUAAGAUAUAAUGCAGAGUGGAACACAAAGAACAUCGAUGAAUCUUGUGGACGAUUUGACUGAGUAUAAGCUGAAAAUAAAGAUUGUGCGUCUCCCUGCCUGGACAUGAAUGCGCUAUGGAGAGGGAUUGUUGGACCAUUGUGAAGAGUAAUCUUUGAUUUGUUCGUUGUUCUAAACGCUUUACAUGAAGUUGUGUCGUGGAUCCAUUUCUUAUGAGCAUUAGAUCGAUGCUAUUUGGGAAAUUUUACAAAGCAUGUCAGAGAUGGGCUGCUGCUGGCAUAGCCAUCGAUCUCUCAGUGUAGAGCUGUGGAUAUAUAAGAUUAAUGUUGGUGUUUCCCUGUAGUGCC